AUGAGUAAUGUUAAUCAAUUGAUAGGAGAUUUGGUUAACCUUUCAUCCGAGUCCAAGAGAAGAUUUGCAGAAACGAGACAUGCUUGUGACAAGGCAAUUGCUCACCUAAAAAUAUAUUCACCAAAUAUGCCAAUUUCUGAAAUCAAAAAUGAACAACACAAGCAAGACAUAUUGACUCCAUUGAUGCUAGCAUGUAAAUCAGGAAAUGCUAAAUUGACGACUAUUUCAUUACCAGCUAUUCAUAAAUUAAUUAUGACUCGAUUAAUUCUGGUUGAUCAUUUACAAGAAUUAUUGAUAUCAUUACGAGAGGCUUCACAUUUAACUGUGGAUAUUCAAUUUAGAAUUUUACAAUGUUUACCCUCGUUUAUGCAAAGCUAUAAUAAUGAGUUUACUGGCGAGACCUUAUUACAAUUAUUGGAAAUAUGUUCAAGUUUGACAGCAAGCAACAAGUCAACUAUAGUGAUAAAUACAGCCCUGGCCACUUUACAACAAUUAUUUAGUACCAUUUAUGAUAAGUUAAAAGAUAAUUCCGAGCUUGAAAAGACUAAACGAAUAACUAUUGAGAAUGAUGAAGUGAUUUUGGUAGAUCCAUUAUCAUAUGAAGCUUUUGAAAUUUUUCAAGACUUAUGUCACUUUAUCGAAAAUGAAAAGCCUACGUACCUUGGAGAAUCAAUCAGGAUUAAAUUAUUAUCGUUACUAGAAAUUAUUGAAAGCAUUAUUCACAGUCACGCUGAAACUUUCCGAACCCAUAAAGAAUUGGCAUACUUAUUGCGAAGUAAAAUAGUUCCUUCAAUGUUAAGGAUAUUAAAUUCUCCAGUCAAGAGCUUCCCUCUAAUGACUCGUACAAUGAGAAUUAUUCUUGUGUUGUUGACCACACAAUUAGAAAAUUUAGAAAUUGAAAUUGAACUUGUCUUAUCAUUCGUCAAUCACAUUUUGCUUGAAGGUUCUGGAAGUAACCUUACAGACCCACAAGAGGACGCCCACUGGGAAAGGAUAUUAGUUUUAGAAAUGUUUAGAGCAGUCUUUAAGGAUUUUUCAACAAUCAAGUUGAUUUAUGAAAAGUAUGAUUACAAUCCACAAAAGAAACAUGUUGUUAGAGAGUUAUUCACAAUUUUGAAGGCUUAUUUAUUGAAUAAUAAUCAAUUGGUAAAUGAUAUAGUGAAACCAGUACCCAAAGCUUGGCUUAAUCCAUCAACUACUCCAUCUACCGUUGCGGCUUCUGCUGCUCCAACAUCUUCCGGAAUACCUGAACAUAAGGCAUUUUUAUCAAAAGCCAAUUCAGGGGUCAAAACAAAUAGCAUUGAUCAUUUAGAUAGAAUAGAACCACCAACAAAUAUUCCACCUACAUAUCCAAUUUAUUUGAUCUUGAACAUUCUUUGGUCUUAUUCUGAAGGUAUAGCAAAUUUUGUAAGUACUUUAUCUAAUGAUACAGUAACUGAAGUUUCAGUUGAAACCAUUGAACGAGACAUAGAGUUAGCUAAUUCAUUCAUUGAAACUUGUUCAAGUGAAGUUAGUACGAUUUAUGAAAGAUUCAUAUAUACAGCUAUGGAUGACGAAAGUUUCCAUUUAUUGAUUCGAUCUUUACAAAGAUUUACCCAUACCAGUGGAUUACUUGGAAUGGAUUCAAUUCGAGAUGAAUUAUUACUAAUUAUAUCCCGAGCAAUCAUAAACAAUGUCAGUAUCAAAGAAAGUAUUCAGCAUCAACAAGAAGAGAGUUCAAGUUUUCAAGAGCAGGGAAAGCACCUCUUGGCCUUAGGUGGAUCAAUUGUUGGAUCAUUAAGUUCUACAAUCCAUACACCUGGCACUGAAAUUAGUGAAAGCACGGUAUUUCCAGGCACGCCUACAUCUACAACUUCAACGACGCCACAGCCAGUAUUACGUUCACGUUACUUCAAUUCUCGUCAUGUCGUUUGCGUCCGCGCAAUGGCAAACCUUGCAAUUACUUUAGGUUCGACCUUACAAUCAUCAUGGUCAAUUGUAUGGAUUACACUUCUGUGGUGUGGAUAUUUCAUCAAUGGUCCAGAUGAAUAUUCUGGUUAUAAUAAGAAUAAAUUUAGUUUCCCAGAUUCCAUGAAACCUAACCUAACCCAUUCAGAUUAUCAAAAUGUUGAAAAUUCGGUGAAGAAACUAUUGGAAAGUAUUGGAGAAUUUCCUAUUUCGUCGCAUUACGAAUUAUUUGCAUGUUUGAUUAAAUUGAAUGAAACCAUAUUUGAUGACACUGCUGACAAUACAAAAGAAAAGAUAAAUUUACCUAUAUGUCCUUUCAAUAAGACUUAUUUUAUUAAUAAGAUGUAUCAGCUCAUUGAAAUUGAGUCGAAUAAAUACCUAAUUGAUCCGAAUAAUAAGUCUUGGGAACUUAUAGUUGAGUAUUUUAUUAAAUCGGGAACUCGUCGUGAUUUAAGCAAUAAACUCAGAAUCUAUAUAAUCGAAACAUUCACGAAAAUCAUCAGAUCCAUCGUCGAUAAAGGGUUCCAAUCUCCCAUCGAGGACAGCAACCAAAUGCUUAUUGAAGUGGUAUCGAAUAAGUCGUUGGACGCAAUUACAGAAUAUCUAAAUGCAUUAUUUAAACUAGAACCAGCCCAAGAAUUGUUAUUGAUUAACUGUGAGAUUGAAAUAUUGUUGUCUAUGUUAACCACUUUAUAUGAAUUAAUUGAUAAAUAUGAUACAUACUAUCAAAAAUGUUGGAACAAGGUAUUUUUGAUUUUAAAUACCCCGUUUGUUAUAAUCAAUAAUAAUAACGAGACUAGUCAUACUUCAAUAGACGAAAAGUAUAGAUUAUUGAUUGAGAAAUCUUUCAAUUCCUUGAAAUUAAUCCUUGAUGAAUUCUUGUUGAACUUAUCAUUUGAUCAAAUCAAAUUAUUAACCGACACUUUAGGUAAUUUCGUGGAUCAGAAAUAUGAUUUAAAUAUUUCCUUUAGUUCCAUUAGUUAUUUCUGGAUGAUUAGUGAUUGUAUAAAAUCAAGAAUUGGAUUAUUCAAUAGUGAAAAAAAUAAACUCGGUGGACCUACUUUAAAACUGGAACAAGAUUUGAAUGACUUAAUAAAUAACCAAAAGCAAGAGUCAUAUAUGAUGUAUAUUUACUUAGAUAUUUAUUUAUUAUUGACCUUGAGUAAGUUAUCUAAACAGGAAGAACAAAGGAUUCAAGUUAGAGAUAGUGCCAUUCAGACCUUUUUCCAAAUCAUUGAUGUUCAUGGUGGGUUAUUACAUAGAUCCUGGGAUUUGAUUUAUACUAUUGUGUUUUCCAAACUAUUCGAGAUUGUUCCUAUCAAAGAGGAAAAAGAACGGAUUGAAAGUAUAAAUUUGAUUUUAACUGGGUUUGUUUCAUUAUAUACUAAAUUCAUGAUGAAUGAAGAAGAGGAAGCAGGGUUGGCUUUAUUCCCAAAAUGGAAAGAUUUGAUCGAUUAUUAUUAUAAGCUACUUGACUUACAAUGGGUAGAAUUGAAUUUAUGUAUCUUUAAAUCCUUACGUGAUUUGUUAGGUCCAUACAAACUUGUCAACAAUGAGAUUAGAGAUUUGAUAUUUAAAUUAUGGUGUGAUGUUCCUAUUGAAUAUAAUGUCGUGAAUAUGAAAUAUCAAGAUGGGUUAGUUGAAUUAAUGCAAUGUUUCCCAGCAUUAUAUAAGAUAGUAAAGCCCAGCUUUACAUAUAAAGAAGCACAAACUGUUAUUAAUUUAUUUAAUAUUUGUGCAAGAUAUCCAAUUUUACCAAGUAAUUAUUUGGAUAAUAAUAAACCAACUAAGUUACAACUAUCAAUUAUUGAGAAUUUGAAUCUUAUGGAAAAUGGGAAUGAUGAUAUCCAAUCUUUAAUUAUUCAACAGUUAAGUAGUAUGAUUGUAUAUCCGUACGGAACCAGGGCCAGAAUUGAACAGAAAUUGAACAAAAUUAUCACAGAAUAUAAACUUAAAUUAACUAGCUUCGUUGCUAUUAGUCAUUUCAGUCUUGAAUCCAUGAAGGAGAAGAUAUUCCAUAAUUUAACUGAUUUUACUGUGUUGAUCAAAGAUCGAGGGAUAAUUAAGUGUCUUAAAUCUUUGAUUGAAGUGAUUGAAAAUAAAUCUCAAGGUAUACCCGCCAAGGAAACGCCACUUUGGAUUGAAGCAAAUCAAUUAUUAAAGGAUUUGAUUAAGAAAUUAUUGAAUAAUACUGAAUUGUUAGAUCAGGAGAUUUGGAAAUUGAUGGUACAAAGUAUUAAGAUUCAUUAUACCAACAAGGAUGAAGAGAAUCAAGAUGUUCAUAUUAAACAAUAUGACGAGUUGGUUGAGUUGAUAAUACCUAAAUUAAUUGACUGUGGUCAAACUAAAAUGUUAAAUGAUUUUAUAGGAAGCAUUUAUGAGAAUUGUUAUUUCUACGAGUUUAACGACAUUGAAAAGGGAAUGCUUGAAGAAGGAGAGGGGGAUAUAAUUGAUAAAUUGACUCAAUUUGAUUUUAAUGAAACAUUUACCAGCACGGAACCAUUAGUUAAAUUUCCAAAUUUCCGAAUUAGGAUACAUUGUCUACAAGAAUUGAUUAAGUUUGCCCAGAUGGAAAAGAAUGAAUUACAGAGUAUAAGUCAAGGAUAUUUGAUAAAGAGAAUUAGUUUUGGUUUGAGAAGAUUCUUAAAUGAUCUGAAAUUAUUAUAUAAACGUCCAAUAUCAAAUAUUCAACAACGUGAAUUAAAGGUUAUUUUGCAAGGAUUGAAUGGUAUCAGUGAAGUAUAUACGAAUGAUGCGGAAGCAAGUAUGAAUAAAGAGAAUUAUAAAAAGAUAUAUUGUUUAUUAAUUAAAAUAGUUCCAUAUGUUGGUAGAUUGGCUGCAAUUCCAGAUAUUGAUACAUUGUUACCUCAAGUAUUGAGUAAAAAGUUUAUACAUUAA